GCUGCUGACUAUAGGUAAUCCUCUUUGGACCACUCCUUUCUGAAGCUCUUCUUUGUAGCAAUCCCUUGACAUGACCUUAUGAGUUGCUCCCAACUGCCGCAGGUGGUUAACUACAACUCUCCACAAUAAAUGUAUCUUAUUCUUCCUGAAGGGGAUUCAGGAGAAGUGGAUUAUGCACAGGUUACUUUUCCAGAUAGAUAUCCACUAUUUCAUCUGGCAUUCGGAAAUAAGCAGUGGAAACACGUGGUGUACAGAAUGCAGCCUACUUUGAUCUUCUGAGCUAAGACCUACAGCAUUGAAGGGUCAGCUAAAGGUCAUCAUCAUGGUGACCUUUGCAGAGACUACGAUGGUCUCCCCCAUGGAGCUUUGCGAGCCGACCUGCCAUAUCAUCCCGCUGUCCCCAGGGCUUCGGCGGAAAAAGAUGAUGUGGCAAAAAGCUGUGAAACACAUCAUCAUCCAGAAGGAGCUUAAUGUCCAGGUGGGCGUGGAGCCCGCGCCCAAGAUGUUCGUGACCGACGCCUACAUCGAGGCCAUCAACCGGCAGAUCCGCGACAAGGCCUCGCGCGGCUCCAAGCGGCGCUCCUCCGCGGUCCGCGUGUUCCCCGUCCCCCAGAGCUCCUCCAGCCCGCACGCCAGCCCGCUGGCGGGCGGCUACGUCAGCGACGCAGACUUCUUCGUGCGCUGGGGCCACGCGGUGCGCGGCGUCUUCAUCCCGACCCUGAGGCACACCUUCAAGUCCGGGGACCUGGAGAAGCUGUACCAGCAGCACCUGUCCCACCAGCGCCGCAGCUCGCUGGCCGUCGCCAACGUCAUCGACGCCGUGGCCAAGCUCCACAUCCUGGUGCUGUACCUGGCGCUGGCGCCGGAGGCCGUGCCGGACCACCUGCGCGGGUGGCUCACGGCCCUCUUCAUGGCGCUCGCCGUGACCCUGUGUGUGGCGGUGAUGACCUGCAAGGCCUCCAUAUCGCCACGGUGGCUCCGUUACGCCGGCCUGGCCAGCUGGCUGUCCCAGACCACGCAGGGGCUGGGGGGGCUGGGGUACGGGCUGGAGCGGGACCCCUCGGGGUACGUGCUCUUCACGCUGUUCGCCACGUACACGCUGCUGCCGCUGCCCCUGCUGUGGGCCAUGUGCGCCGGCGCCCUGACGUCGGCACUGCACCUGGGGGCGGAGGCGGUGCACUGCUACCACGACGCCCUGCUUCUGAGACAGGUGUUUGCCAAAGGCCUGCUUUACUUUGGGAUGAACACAGCAGGCUUAUUCAUCCACUAUCUGACAGACCGUUCCCAACGGCAGGUUUUUCUUGAGACCCGUCGUUGCAUCGAGGGCCGCCUCAAACUGGAGAUAGAGAACCAGAGACAGGAGCGUCUGGUGCUGUCCAUCCUGCCUUCCUUUGUUGCCUUGGAGAUGAUAGCUGAUAUGAGCACUUUAGGGGAUGAGCUCAGUACACAGGAAUUUCACAAGAUCUAUAUCCACCAGUACAAAGAUGUCAGUAUCCUUUUUGCUGAUAUCAAGGGCUUCACCCUGUUAUCCAUGAACCUCUCUGCUCAGGAGCUGGUCAAAGUACUCAAUGAACUGUUUGGCCGCUUCGAUCGGCUGGCAGAGGAAAACCAUUGUAUGAGGAUAAAGAUCCUGGGAGACUGUUACUACUGUGUGUCCGGGGUGCCUGAGCCCCAGCGUGGCCACGCCCGCUACUGCGUGGAAAUGGGCCUGGCCAUGAUCAGCACCAUCCGGCUCGUGAGGCAGCAGCUCAACCACGACGUGGACAUGCGGAUCGGGAUCCACUCGGGCUCUGUGCUGUGCGGGGUGCUGGGCCUGCAGAAGUGGCAGUUUGACGUCUGGUCCUGGGACGUGGGCAUCGCCAACAUGCUGGAGGCUGGAGGCAUCCCUGGACGCAUCCACAUCUCCCGGGCCACGCUGGACUGCCUGGACGGGGUCUACCAGACCGAGCUGGGACACGGAGCGGACAGGAGCGAGUUUCUUCGUAAGCACAAGAUCGACACCUUCCUGGUCUGUCCUAAAGAAAAUGGGACCCCCCUCGAACAAACGGAGCGCACCAGAACCGCUAAGGCGAGCCGCACGUGGAACCCUGAGCUGCCCUUUGGGAACAUCACCGAUAUGAACUGUAUCCUGGCCUCCUUCACCAAUGGAUCCCUGGCCCAGCUGCCCAACCCGCGCCAGUCCACCGCAAAGGAGAUCAACAGGCGCAUCCAGCACGCCAUCCAGGUGCGAAGCGGCGACCGCAUGCACCAGGAGCACAUCGCCCCCUUCACGCUGGUCUUCAAGGACACACACAUCGAGAGCAAGUUCUCCCAGAUGAGAGAUGAAAUGUUCAACUCCAACUUGGUUUGCUCCUUCAUCAUGCUACUCUUCCUCAUGGCUGCCCAGGCCCUUAUCCCCGCCCCCAGGCAGUACCCAGCCGUUCUCCAGUUCUCCCUCUUCCUGCUGGCCUACCUCCUGCUGCUCCUGCUGGCCCUGGCCGAGGAGUUCAACCGGGCCCCCUGGGCCCUACAGCAGGCCUGCUGCUGGAUCCACGAGAACAACAGCGCCCGCAACCUGCUCACGCUCGCCGCCAUCGCCAUCCACUUUGGCCUGGCCUCCUUCGACAUGAUGUGGUGCAUUGUAAGGGAUAAGGAGCCAGCAUUGGCUGAGGUCACAGACAGAAACAGCCCUGCUUCCCCCAACCAACAACCACUUAGCCUUUGCACUUACCCAGAGUUCUUCGUGUUGAGCGGGGUGAUCGCCAUGGUGACCUGCGCAGUAUUCCUGCGUCUCAACUCCCAGCUGAAGCUGGCAGUGUUGCUGCUGGCUAUGGCUGCAAACUGUUGUCUAAUUCACCUGGCCUUCAACAUGCUCAGCCAAGACACACUGCACAGGUCUAGCUACCUGCGGAGAAAAGGAAUCUCAAUUCUUCUCAUGGCCAUGUUUCUGGUCGCUAUUUCCUACAAUGGACGGCAGUGGGAGGCCACGGCCAGGCUGGACUUCCUGUGGCGCCUGCAAGCCCAACAGGAAGUAGAGGACAUGAGGGAGUUACGUGAACACAAUGCGUGUUUGCUGCACAACAUUUUACCAGCACACGUGGCCCAACAUUUUUUGGAGAGAGGCAAGAAUGACAAGGAGCUCUACUCCCAGUCCUACGAUGAAGUGGGCGUGAUGUUCGCCUCCAUUGCCGGCUUCGACGACUACUACGAGCAGAAAGAGAUCAAGCACGAAGGGGUGGACUGCCUGCGACUGCUGAACGAGAUCAUCGCUGGCUUUGACGAGUUGCUGGAGGAGUCCUACUUCCAGUAUGUGGAGAAGAUAAAGACCAUCGGCAGCUGUUACAUGGCUGCCUCUGGUCUGGCGCCAGACAAACAGGGGAGGUAUGAAUGGAACCACCUGAGUGAGCUGGUUCUAUUCGCACUAGCCAUGCAGGAGACCUUGAAGGAGAUUAACAGGAACGCGCGCAAAAACUUCCAGCUACGUGUGGGCAUCGCCCAUGGGCCGGUGAUUGCUGGGGUCAUCGGGGCCACAAAGCCACAGUACGACAUCUGGGGCACCACGGUGAACCUGGCCAGCCGCAUGGACAGCACCGGGGUGAACGGCCGCAUCCAAGUGCCCGAGGCCACCAAGAAACUACUGGCUGACUGGGGCUUUGUGCUGGAGCUGAGGGGGGAGAUUUUCGUCAAGGGGGUGAGCGAGUCCAAGGGGAAGGUCCGCACCUACUUCAUCGGCAGCAUGCGGAGCAGGAACUCCCACACCCGCAAAGAGAGACUCAACAAGAGGCGGUCCGGUGCCCGACACACCCUGGCCGAGGUGGUGUUUGGGCUGGUGCAGGCCAGGAACAAGGAAAAGAUGAGGGAGCCUAAUCCAAGCCUGACUGUGUCGCCCUGCCUUUCUGACUGCUGAGGGGGUUCUCUCAGGGUGCAAGGGUCAGGGGUCAUCUCAAUCUGAACAUACCAUGUUUAAUGGUGUGUUUUUUCCCUCUUCCCUGCCUCGUAUUCCGCCUAAACUGUAUUGUCAAGACUUUCUAUGGAAUAGCGCAAUUUACCUACUGAAGGGCAGUUCAUGGGAUGCUGUGUUUUAAAUUGAGUGCUGAAGGACGUUUAAAGCAAUUUUAAUAUUGUUAUGCCAUAUCAGUAUACUCUUUACCCCAAAUGAUCUAAGUCCAACAUAUAUUUAAUAGUCAAAUAACAUAUAAUACAACAGUAUAAUAUAACCUAAGUGAUAGACACAUUGAGUUGUAGAUUUGAAGGCCAAAAACAAAGAAUACCUCAAGAUAACUUGUAGGAAACCUUUGCAACCUCUUACAAAUCAUUGAUUACCUAAAGUUGCCCAACGCUUAUGUGUGAUUAUGUACUGUUUUUUAACUGUUAUUUCUCUCUUUUUGAGAUCUGUAGUACGAUUUUGUGCAGUUUUUCUAACUGUCACCAUUCAUUACUGAUCAGUGGCCACCAAAAGUCUAUAAUCAAACUAUAUAGCAUACACGGUAUUUAGCAUAUACAGUAUAUUUUAUACAGUGUUUACUUCCUUUAAAUAGACAGUUUUCUGUGUCAAACAUCAACUUUGUUUAACAUAUUCACAUUGUAUAAUAUUAUUGACAAAAACAUUAUACAAUAGCCAAUUAAUCUCUGCCUUGAUAUGUAUGAUCACACGUAGUUUACAAGGGAACAUUUGCUCUCUGUCAAGAAGGUGUGUACGUAUGGUUAUAGAUUGUCUUCAAUGCCAAAAUCACGAACACAAACUGUGUUAUAUAGGCCUAUCUCUAUCUAGUCACUAUUAAUUAUAGGUUGUUUCGAAAAUCUGAUGCUCUUUACCUCAUUGUUGUAAAUACGUGGAUGUAGUUCUGUUGUAAAUAAUUUUAUUAUCCUUCCUAAGUAAACUAUUUUUCCCACUUUCUACCAAGACCUAAAUAAUGGACAACUCUUUUACUAUUAAAAAUGUGUUCUGCCA